AUGGCUGACUGGAGUCUGUCGCAGACAACGCACGAGCAACACCAUCUCCCGAAUUCUCAAACCUCGUACAAUCAGCAUCACGAUCCAACCCAAGAUCUAUUCUGGCCUGAACCCGUCGAUCAUUCUGCCUCCCUACCAUCAGAACUCGACCCGCAUCCCCAAUCUCAACAUUCCCCUGCGAAAAAACAUGGUAUCAAGAGACGGCCGGUCAAGCCCAUAAUUGCCGAUUCUCCUCCUCCGACCAUUGCCACAGGUCACGAAUCUACUCUCUCGCCUAUUAUACCAUCUCCGCUGCGCAUUCGCAAACCAAAGGCCCCAUCUCCACAGUUGCCCAUGCGCUCCGUGCGCCUCCUCAUUGCCUCUCUGGGCAAUCCUCCUCCCUACCAUUCGACACGGCAUUCCGCAGGGCAUAUCCUCUUGAAACAUCUUGCCUCGCACUUGCACCUAUCGCCGCUCGCAAAGUCAAAACUGCUGGGCUCCGGCCUUGUUAGUUCUGGCGCCGACGUCGGCCGCGAUGAAUACACUCUCUGGCAAAGCGGGAGCAUGAUGAACGUUUCUGGGCAGGGCACGUCAAAAGCGUGGAAACAAUUCAACAAUCUGUAUCCCGCAUCUGACGACACCGUGACAGCCCUGGUCAUCCUGCAUGACGAGCUUGAGUCGUCACCUGGCACGAUAAAGCUGCGCCGAGGCGAGUCUUCACCCAAAGGCCAUAACGGAAUCAAAUCAGUGCAGUCAUCCUUGAAAUCGGCGGGUCUAUUGCCGGCCAUGGGCAACAGAUUCAUUAAAAUCGGAAUCGGAAUCGGGCGCCCGUUGUCGAGGGAGAAAGACGAUGUGAGUGCGUGGGUGCUUGGACAACUGACACAUGUGGAGAAGAGCAAGAUUGAGGCGGCGACAGACAGUUUGGUCGCCGUAAUGCAGAGUGAGAUUCGGAGGUUGGAGCGGUCUUGA